ACAGCUUGUGGACCUAAUAGAUUGGGAAGAUCAUGUGAAUACAGAUGUAAUGCAUCACUUGAUGACGAAACAGCUUGUAGGGGAGUCCAGAUUUGUUUACCAGAUCCUUAUGGAUGUUCUUGCGCAACGGGAUACACAGACCUGAAUUGCACCACAGAAUGUGAUGUAGGUAAGUUUGGAGCUAGUUGCAGUGAGACAUGUCAUUGUGUAUCAGGAGAAUGUGAUCGGUUUACUGGAGUCUGUACAGGAAGCCUUACUGAUUGCCAGCCGAGAUGGACGGGAACCAACUGCCAACAAUGCACUGAAGGCAGGUUUGGCCAGAACUGUUCAGGUACGAUUGAAAUUGAAAAUAUAGCAAAGAACGAAGGCCAGCCGGAUAUCGGAUUCACCUGCCGAAGAGAUGGUGAGGAGGAUGAGUAUCUGUCGUCAGCACAACCGGUUGUCCGGCUCCACCGGGUAACCGAUGCCCAAGGACGGUUGUCGGAUGAAGGGAUUACAAGAAUCGGAGAUCUCCAGCAGGAUUCGACAACUAUCGAUUUCUUCCAAGUCGAUCAGGUAGCUGCAGAUGAUCUGUUUGUCUGUAUAAUCUAUGAUGUGGAUAACUACAGAAGUGAUGCCGUCCGUGCUGACGUAAACAUUUUACCUCAACUAAGAGGACAGCUUUCGAUCGUAGAGGCUACCCAAACCUCGAUCACGCUGUCCUGGAUUGAGUGGAAGGCUGGGGUCGACAUCGGUGAUCCUCCAGUUAUAGGAUACAAUGUCUACUACAAGGAGGCUGUGUCUUCAACAUGGAUCCGUGUUGAUCGAAGAAACCCCUUGGAUGUGUCAGAAUUCAUUGAUGGUCUAGACCCUGAUAGUGACUACCUGUUUGCAGUUUCUGUAGUACGUGAAGGCGACGGAGGCGAAGGACCAUUGACCAGCUUCUCUGCAAGUACUGCGUGUUUGCCCCCUAGUGGAGUCGUUUCCUACGUCAGAGCCCAUCAAGUGUCUUCUCCUGAUGAACUUCUUAUCACAUGGCAGUCGCCGAUAUCUAGUGCUGCCCGCGCCAACUGUCGCAGUGGUUUUACGAACAUCUCGAUCUAUUUCUCUUCAAUGAGCGAUGUCUCUACACAAGGUCAAGUACAGAUACCGUUUAAUGACACCACCGGAAGUUAUUACCUGGACUCACUUGAAUCUGAGACUCAGUACUCUGUAUACAUCACAUUAUGGAACAAAGAUAGCGAAGGUCCACCAAGUGAAGCGUCUUCGGUGACGACAUAUCAAACAGGUGCUUCUGGAUCACCUGUUCCAUGGGCCCUAUUUGCAAUUACGUUCUUCGUCGCUGUUGUCAUCACUAUCGCCUUCGUUUUCUUAUGGAGAAGAUCUUGUAAAACAAACUCUGACCCUGAGCCUCCCAAGGCAAGCAGGACAAAGUCCGUUAAAGAAGAGUCAACAUAUGAAAACCCAGUCUUUGAUGAACCUCCUGUUAACCAGUACGAAAGUUUGGACGCCAUCACCACGAACGACGAUUACAUGAUACCUGAUGCCCCGUAAAGCCCGUCUCACACUAAGAAUGCGAUCCGGUGCGACGUGAUUUUUCAAGAAAUCGCAUUUUGCAUUAAAGGACAAGUCCACCCCAACAAAAAGUUGAUUUGAAUAAAGAGAGAAAAAUCCAACAAGCAAAACACUGAAAACUUCAUCAAAAUCGGAUGUAAAAUACGAAAGUUAUGCCAUUUUAAAGUUUUGCUUAAUUUCACAAAACAGUUAUACGCACAUCCUAGUCGGUAUGCAGAUGAGGAGACUGAAGACGUCAUCCACUCACUAUUUCUUUUGUAUUCUAUUACAUGAAAUAUAAAAUAUUCUAUUUUUCUCCUCAUUGCCAAGUGAAACAAGGCUUGAACAGGCUCCAUGAACAGUUGGACCUACAGCAUUACUUAAAACUAUAUUAUUCAUUCGAGUUGGUCCCUAUUGUCAAAUCUGUAAAAAAUGAAAUAUUUUAUAAUUCAAACAAUAAAAAACAAAAGAAUUAGGGAGUGAUGGACAUCAUUGACCAUCGCAUUUGCAUGUCACUGAGUUGUGCAUAUCACUGUUUUGUGAAAAAUAAGUGAAAAUUUAAAAUGUCAUAACUUUCUUAUUUUACACCCGAUUUUGAUGAAAUUUUCAGCGUUAUGCUAGUUUGAUUUUUCUCUAUUUAUUCAAAUCAACAUUUUUCUGGGGUGGACUUGACCUUUAAAUAUGAAAGUUGUAAGAAGUAAUAUUAUCUUAUUCAAAGUUUGGCAUAUUUCUAGGAAAACUAAAAUCAUAGUUUUACUUUGCGGCAAGCCCUGUGGUCGGAGUAAAGGCCAAAUCAGCUUCAAGUCGCAGUCGAUGAUGACGUCAUUACGAUUUAGAAUUGAUUUUUUUUUUAAGGGAGGUUCUAACUGGACAGAAUUUCGAUUUCAGUAGUCCUACCACUAUUCUGAACUCUGAUCCGUAAUAUUUUACUAGUAACUGUUGGAAUAUCCAUAUCAAAUUUUAUCACUAUUAAUUUUAAAUCUGGAUGGCAACGAAUCGCAUAGUGCGAGACGGGCACAACACAAAUGAUAGCGAUUAACCGUCAACUACACACUAAGAAAUAAAGGUUCAAAAUUGAACCCCGAAAGGUUGAUGCAAAAUCAGCACCCUAUGGGUUAAAAAAUUGAACCCUGCGGUUGUGGUUCAUUUUUGCACCCUGCGGGUUCAAAGCUGCACCCCUAAAUUUUAAAUUGAACCCCUAGGGGUGCAGUUUUGAACCCGCAGGGUGCAAAAAUGAACCCCAACCGCAGGGUUCAAUUUUUGAACCCCAAAUCAGGGGUUCAAUUUUUGAACCCUUAGGGUGCUGAUUUUGCAUCAACCUUUCGGGGUUCAAUUUUGAACCUUUAUUUCUUAGUGUGUAGAAUAAAAAAACAGUCUGAUUGGUUCCCGAUCAGUCUACUGAGAAAUGAGCGCAUACAACGAUGAUCUAGAUAAGCCAUUUCAUUUAGCGAUUAAUGGCUAACCUUUGUUACGGGCCGCUGAUUUCAAUGUAAUCUGAGUCAUCUAUUUGAUAUUCAGGCUGUUUUUUUAUUUAAAUGUGGGCAAUGUCCUAGAAAAUGCUAGUAUCAAAAUAUGCUUAAAGGAAAAGUCCACCCCAACAGAAGGUUGAUUUGAAUAAAAAGAACAGAAUAGUCCAACAAGCAUAACACUGAAAAUGUCAUCAAAAUCGGAUGUAAAAUAAAAAAGUUAUGACAUUGUAAAGUUUUUCUUAAUUUCACAAAACAGUUAUAUGCAUAUCCUGGUAUGCAAAAUGAGGCGAGACUGAUGACGUCAUCUACUCUAUUUUCUCCUCAUUGUCAAUUGAAACAACGAUUAUUCCUCCCUGAACACGUGGAAUAGCAUUAAUCGUUAAGCAUGUUUAGUACUAUAUGGUUCAAUCAAGUUCGUCCUUAUUGUCAAAUCUGUUAAAAAUGAAAAAUCGUAUAAUUC